GCUCGGACUGUCUCAUCCGUCCCGUAUUGAGGCGCUGGGGGCGGUUGGGCGGCCUGAAAGCGAUGGUGAAAGCGGGGCCGUGAGGGGGGCGGAGCCGGACCGGACCCGCAGUCGCGGCAGAAGCGGCGCCGCCUCCCGGAGCGCAGACCCAGGAAGCGGCCGGGCAAGCAGCAGCUACCGGCGCGCCGCCAUGGAGUUGAGGGUCGGGAACAGAUACCGGCUGGGCCGCAAGAUCGGCAGUGGCUCCUUCGGAGACAUCUAUCUCGGCACGGACAUUGCUGCAGGAGAAGAGGUUGCCAUCAAGCUUGAAUGUGUCAAGACCAAACACCCUCAGCUCCACAUCGAGAGCAAAAUCUACAAAAUGAUGCAGGGUGGAGUGGGCAUCCCCACCAUCAGGUGGUGUGGCGCCGAAGGGGACUACAACGUCAUGGUGAUGGAGCUCCUGGGUCCGAGCCUGGAAGACCUCUUCAACUUCUGCUCAAGGAAAUUCAGCCUCAAAACUGUUCUGCUGCUUGCUGACCAGAUGAUUAGUCGUAUCGAAUACAUUCAUUCAAAGAACUUCAUCCACCGAGAUGUGAAGCCAGAUAACUUCCUCAUGGGGCUGGGAAAGAAGGGCAACCUGGUCUACAUCAUCGACUUUGGGUUGGCCAAGAAGUACCGGGAUGCAAGGACCCACCAGCAUAUCCCUUAUCGAGAGAAUAAGAAUCUCACAGGCACGGCGCGGUAUGCCUCUAUCAACACACACCUUGGAAUCGAACAAUCUCGAAGGGACGACUUGGAGUCUCUGGGGUACGUGCUGAUGUACUUCAACCUGGGCUCUCUCCCCUGGCAGGGGCUGAAGGCUGCCACCAAGAGGCAAAAGUAUGAGAGAAUCAGUGAGAAGAAAAUGUCCACUCCCAUUGAAGUGCUGUGCAAAGGCUAUCCCUCCGAAUUUGCCACGUACCUGAAUUUCUGCCGUUCCUUGCGCUUUGAUGACAAGCCUGACUACUCCUACCUGCGCCAGCUCUUCAGGAAUCUGUUCCAUCGCCAGGGCUUCUCAUACGACUAUGUGUUCGACUGGAACAUGCUCAAGUUUGGUGCCAGCCGGGCUGCAGAUGAUGCUGAGCGGGAACGCCGGGACAGAGAGGAGCGAUUGAGACACUCCCGGAAUCCAGCCACCCGUGGCCUCCCUUCUACAGCUUCUGGCCGCCUGCGGGGGACCCAGGAAGUGGCCCCCCCCACGCCCCUGACCCCUACCUCACACACGGCGAACACCUCUCCUCGGCCCGUCUCCGGCAUGGAGCGAGAGCGGAAAGUGAGCAUGCGGCUGCACCGCGGGGCCCCAGUUAAUGUCUCCUCGUCUGAUCUCACGGGCCGACAAGAUACCUCUCGCAUGUCCACCUCACAGAAUAGCAUUCCUUUCGAACACCACGGCAAGUAGCUGCUCGUCUGCGUCGGAAGGCAGCACUGGAUUCCUGGUCGGGUGGCUUCCAGUGGUCUUCAGUCUGUCGUGCACCGAUGAGAACUCUCCUUUUUGCUGUGAAGGGCAGACAAUGCAUGGCUGAUCUACUCUGUUACCAAUGGCUUUACUAGUGACACGCCCCCUGGUCUAGACUCGAAAUGUUCACGCCGGGAGCUCUCCAGGCCACUCACCCAGCGACACUCGUGGGGAAUCCAAAUACAGACUAAAUGGACAGGCUCCAAGAGCUGCCACCGCCAGGGGCUGGCACCGCGGCCCCUACAGAAGCUCAGUUACUACAGGGCUGGGAAGACGAGAGAGUGUGGGCGACAUUGCAGAGACCCCAACUCCCUGCCACGAGCCUCUCCACCCCUCCAGUGGUGGCCGACCUGCGCUCCCUGCGAUCCCACUGCGACUACCAGUCUUCUUCUACUUGGUUAAGACAGUUUUGUAUCAUUUUGCUAAAAAUUACUGGCUUAAAUCUGUGUAAAGAAAUCUGUCUUUUUAUUGUUUCUUUCUCGUCUGUUUUUGCGGUCUUAAGAAAGAUGUUGACUUUUACAGACUCCUGAGACGGACACUGGCCCACUGUGUCUGUGGGGAGUCAGGAGGGGCACAGACACCAAGGAAGUGUGUUUUGGUUUCUGUUUUCUUUGUUGUGUUGUCCAGUCUGGCAAGGGAACGUUUCAUCAGAAGCUCUGUGUGUGUGUGUGUGUGUGUGUGUGUGUGUGUGUGUGUCAUGUGCGCGUGCGUGCUUGUCACAGCCCUGCAGCCUGGUUCUGGCCCGCUCACCCUUCCUUUCUGUAGGCUGAAACACCUGCUGUGUUCCGAGCACUGGAAAUCGCGGCUACAGAGCCAGGAUGGCCAGUGUAUCACACGGAGCAUUGUGCCUUCUGCUCAGAGGCUGCGAGGAUGUAGAUACUCCUAAGAGUCGGGUACAGAGGCCUUGUGGGCCCAUAGGACAUGGGUCUGGAUUAAAGAGGAGCCCAGAGUAUACUGGGGACCCAGAUUAAAGAGGAGCAUGCGUUUUUGAUCUCUGACUCAGAGACGCGGGGGUUGUGUAUGGUGUUUUGGUAGUGUUUGUUGCCUUCAUGAAUUUGGGAAGUUUCUGAACAGACUGUACAGACUGCCAUGCAGAUUGACACUCGGUCUGUGUCUUUGCCUGCUCAAAGCCAGGGAGCAGGUUGUCCUGGGUGCCAGGUUUGCCCAGAAAGGCCACUAGCUAAAGGGACCCCACCCAGAGGUGCCAAGAGGCAGGUGACUGCCCACCUAAAUCUAGAACCUUCACCUACAGAAAGUUGUGAUGCCACGUGCUUUGUACCCUUCAGCUGGAUGUCUGUGGGGAAGCUAUGGCUGCCCGGUGGGCCAUGCUGCUCUGACUCUGGCAGGAUUCUCAGAUGUUCUUCCCCACCUGUGGCUGUGUCCACCACGUGUACUACUCCAUGGAGAUGGCAGUGGACCUAAGCAACCAUUUAGAUACAAUACAGUGUGGGUGGGACCACCUCCAUUUCUGCCAGCAUAUGGAGAAAGUUCUGCCAGGGCCCAGGUGCCCUUGGAGGGGCUAAUGGUGCCACCGUGGAUUUUCCCUCCCAACCCAGAGACCCCUAGCACAGAACUUUGGCCCUGGGGCCACUGCUGCUGUGUGGUGGCACAUCAUGGGGUGUAGCCCUUUGCUGCCCUAGCCAUCUGUCUGUCUGAGCCUUUGGCUGCUCCUCUGAAUCCUGAGCUGGUUCCUCUGCUAAUACUUAGGGGUGUAGGGUCAUGAGCAGGAAGGCUGUGUGUCUGUGUGCAUUAGGAGCUCAGGUGGGUCCGAUGAGGUUGAAGUGUCCAUGGUUGUGAGCCCCUUGCUCGGUCAGUGUUGGGCUCACCCUUUCAGUGAGCGGGUAGGGGUGGCAGCAGCCUUAUACACAAGCCCAUUGUAAAUAGCCAUGGUCCCCAGCAGCGCCAGCCUCCGAAUACUGUGCCGCACGCAACUUGAAGCUGCCGGCUGCUCUAGGAGUGGACCCGCCUGGGCCCCCGAGGGGGUGGCUUGUGACAUUCUUGCCCGUAUUUAAUCCCCAUCACACUUACAGGAAACAUAGUUAGAAUGUGUGUAUCAACCUGUGUCUUGGUGACCAGUCUCUGAGCUGUGCGUUUGUACUACCACUGUAUUUGUGUACUUUAACAAUUGUGUAAAUAAUAAAUUCAUAAUGACUUCUA